AUGGAUCUACGCAACCAUGAGGGUGAUCCAGAUAUGAGAUCCGAGUCGCUAGAAGAUAAGGGGAAAGCUCUCGGCAUCUCAAAUCCUCGUGGUCUCGAUGUCGUUCUCGUCUCUCGGUCUCGACUUGUCCUUCUCUUCAGACAUAACGUCUGCACAUACAUUCGCCUCUUCUUUAGGAUCUCUUCCACCCCAAAUCGUGGCCAUCAAAUCAACCGUCUCCGCAUGAGUCUCUUACCUUUCCUGUUACCCGGGCGGAUUCGGCUUAUGAAUACGCCGGUUUGGAUUCGUAUUCCAAUGUUUAUCAAGAAAUCAGAGUCGGCCGAAGCUAAUUUAUCUAACACUACUUCUCCUUGGCAUUGGUGGUCCAAAUUUUCGUCUCUGUGCGCAGACAUCGUUCCCGAAUUCCUUGCGUUGGCUCUCGAGCUUAACGAAGACUUUCCGGAAGACUUCACCGAAGACUUAAAUCGUUGGCUUGCCGAACCAAUAUCAUGCUUCCUUAUUCCAACGCGUCUUUUUGUUACGAAUUCUAAAGGAUUUCCUGUCCUGAUUCGCCCUCAUCAACAGCUUAUUAGCAGAUUACUCAAGCUUAAUGUGCAAAUAAUGAUUACUGGUGCUUGCAGACACAACAGAGGAUACGUAAUUUAUCAGCAAUAUAUUGCUUGGUUGCUGAAGCAUCAGACUGCCCCUGACACUUAUGAAUUGCAUUCUCGAGGCAUGGAGGACAUUCCCCAGGUUCGUAAUUAA